GCUUCGACUUAUCUGUCUUUUCUGUCCAAUGUCCCAUCGAGUAGGCAGAGGCACGUGUAUGUGAUAGCUAUUUCGUUACUUGUUUCAAACGUCCAGUUCCUCGUGUUUCUUUGAAACACACGACAGCACCAUGGUGAAAUUAGCAAAGGCAGCAAACAAACAAGCAACUCAGAAGAAGAAAGCCCCUCCACCCCCAAAAGAAGUGGAGGAGGAAUCUAGCGAAGAGGACAGCAGUGAUGAGGAGGAAGAGACUCCUCCACCCAAAGUGGUAAAGAAAGCUACACCAGCAAAAGCCACCCCAGUUGUCAAAAAUGGAGCUGCUGCCAAAAAAGCAGACAGUGAGGAUGAAGAUGACGACGAUUCUGAGGAAGAGUCUGAAGAGGAGGCCCCCCCACCAAAAAAUACCGCUGCAAAGGCUAAACCCACACCAGCCAAGGCAGCUCCUGCAAAGGCAGAGGAGUCAGAUGAUGAUGACGAUGAUGAUGAUGAUGAUGAUGAUGAGUCAGAAGAAGAGGCCCCACCACCCAAGAAAGCAGCUAAGCCUGCUGCCAAGCCCCCAGUGAAGGCGAAACCUGCAAAGGAGUCUUCUGAUGAUGAUGAUGAUGACGAUGAUGAAUCAGAAGAUGAGACUCCACCUCCCAAGAAGGCUACUCCAGCUAAACCAGCUGCUAAACCAGCCGCCAAAAAAGCCGCCAAAGAGGAGUCUGACGACGACGAUGAUGAUGACGACGACGAUGAAGAUGACUCUGAGGAGGAGAUGGACACCACUCCUGCCCCAGCAAAGGCUAAGAAAGCAGGCAUGGUCAAGGCAAAGGAAGAGUCUGAGGAGGACGAUGAUGACGACGACGACGAUGAGGAUGAUGACGACGAUGAGGAGGAAGAGGAAGCCCCAGUGACCCCUGCAAAGAGAAAAGCAGAGAGCAAGAAAGACACACCUCCUGCCAAGAAGGCAAAGUCAGAAGGCGAAGGAUUCUGUCUAUUUGUGGGAAACUUGAACUCCAAUAAAGACUUUGAAGAAAUCAAAGAAGCUCUGAGGAAAUUCUUCUCCAAGAACAGUCUUGAGGUCGCUGAUGUCAGGUUGGGUGGAUCAAAGAAAUUUGGUUAUGUGGAUUUUGCAUCUGAGGAGGACAUGCAGAAGGCACUGGAGCUCAAUGGCAAGAAGGUCAUGGGUCAGGAGUUGAAGUUGGACAAGGCCCGAAGCAAAGACAGCUCACAGGAGGGCAAGAAAGAGAGAGAUGCAAGGACACUGUUUGUAAAGAACCUCCCCUUCUCUGCGACUGCUGAUGACUUGAAAGAAAUCUUUGAAGAUGCAGUUGACAUAAGGUUACCUCCAGGCCAGAACGGUUCCAACAGAGGCAUUGCCUAUAUCGAGUUCAAAUCUGAGGGGGAAGCAGAGAAGAUGCUGGAGGAGGCGCAGGGAGCUGACGUACAGGGAAGGUCCAUCAUGGUUGACUAUGUUGGUGAUAAGAGCCACAAAGGGGCCAUGUCAGCAGGAGCAGCCUGCAAAACACUGGUGGUGAAUAAUCUCGCCUUCAGUGCAACAGAGGAUGCCCUACAAUCCACGUUUGAGAAGGCAGUUUCCAUUAGGAUUCCACAGAGAGAUGGCAGACCUAAAGGUUUUGCUUUUGUAGAGUUUGAGAGCACAGAGGAUGCCAAGGAAGCUUUAGAAAACCUCAACAACACAGACAUCGAAGGCCGGUCGAUCAGACUUGAAUACAGCCAAAAUAGCGGCAGAGACGGGGGCAGGGGGAACUCUGGCCCAACAAAAACCCUCUUCGUGAAGGGUCUCUCCGAGGAGACAACGGACCAGACAUUAAAGGACGCAUUUGAGGGAGCUGCAGCAGCAAGGAUAGUGACGGACAGAGAAACGGGGUCAUCAAAAGGCUUUGGCUUUGUUGACUUCAACAACGAGGAUGACUGCAAGGCAGCAAAGGAGGCCAUGGAGGACGGCGAGAUCGAUGGCAGCAAGGUGACCCUGGACUACGCUAAGCCCAAGGGUGAAGGCGGCUUCCGCGGAGGUCGAGGCGGCGGAGGAUUUGGCGGUGGUGGAUUUGGCGGCCGAGGUGGCGGCAGAGGAGGUCGUGGUGGCUUCGGCGGCGGCUUCGGCGGUCGGGGUGGUGGCGGCAGAGGAAGGGGAGGCCAACGUGGAGGUGGUCGAGGACGUGGUGGCUUUGGAGGUGGAAGAGGCGGCGGCGGUGGAUUUGGCAAACCCCAGGGGAAGAAAAUCAAGUUUGAUGACUAAAUCCUUUAGUCUAUUUUACUCUUUGAAUGGACUCUGGUUUCAUCAGUUUUCAGAGCUUUUGGACAUUCCAGAAAGCGUCAUUGAUAUAUAUUUAACUGUUAAUGGGCAUUUUAGCCCUUUAUUUAGACCCCUAAACCGUUCCCCACCCUAAUGUGCCAGAAUGGAACUUUUGACCUUCUCAGCUCAAGUGCUUUGUGUGAGUACUGAAUGUCCCGAAUGCAAACCUGCACCUCUCGCCCUCAUUAGCUAACUUGCUUUUCCGAAGGAGUACAAUGGAACGGGUCUGGCAAACAAGUUUGCUGUGAAAAAAAAUGUUUGUCUUUGUCAGAUACAUUGUGUAAAUUUAAACAGUUUGUAUGAUUUUCAUUUUACCUUUUGUAAAAAAAAAAAAAAAUACACCUGUUAUCCAUGUUUGUUUUUAUUUUGUUCAUUUAGUUUGCUUUAGGUGCCAUGUUUUACUGUAAUGUGCAAAGCAUAUUUUGAUAGAUUUGAGUCGGUGCUUGAGAGAUGGCUGUUAAAAAAAGGUGAAGAUGUUCUGUCUUGUUUGGUGGGGCACAGUCAGUGUCUGAGUCACAGAGGAUGAAACGCCUCUUGUCUAUGUAACAUAAAAUAUUUGUAGUGCAUUGACUAAUUUUUUCCCCAUCCGAGAAUCUUAAGAUUUUCAUGUGAUUAAAUAAAACCUUGUAGGUGGUGAUUUUUAAA